CGAUACACGAAUUCAUAACCAAUAACCUGCGCAGUAUUCACGAUCCUUCCGAUGAUGCAGUCUACGCUCGCUCCUGAGGACCCGAGAUCGUUCGCGGAGGUGGUCAAGGAGGUUCCGCCGCCGGACGAGCAUGAGCAUGAGGAGGAUGGGCAGUCCCCGGAUGGGAAGCAUAGCGAUAUCCCGACAUCGGUGGAUAGCGUCCCAGUGACGAAGGAACGACCGGUGUACGUUCCAGACGACAAGUCCAAGCUCGGGGACACAGGUGUUCCCCGCGCGAACCAGGCUGCUACGAGGAGCCACCCGCAGGGCACGACCGCCAACUCGUACAACAAGAAGCACGCGAACGAGACGGUGCUGCAGCAGCACUGCGCGUUCUUUGACCGGGACGGCGACGGCGUCAUCUGGCCGCAGGACACCUUCCGCGGGUUCUACCAGCUGGGCUUCGGGCUCCUGCUGAGCGCGUUCUCGAUGUGGAUCAUCCACACGUUCUUUGCGUACCCGACGCAGACCUCCUGGGUGCCCGACCCGCUCUUCCGCGUGCACGUGCGGAACAUCCACCGCGACAAGCACGGGUCGGACAGCGGGGCGUACGAUAAUGAGGGGCGGUUCGUGCCGGAGAAGUUUGAGGACUUCUUCGAGAAGUAUUCGAGCCUGCCGGGCAAGGACGGGCUGACGGUGUGGGAUACGGUGCGCGCAAUUGUGGGGCAGAGGUGUAUUCUGGACCCGGUGGGGUGGGGCGCGGUGGUGUUUGAGUGGUUGGCGACGUGGAUUUUGCUGAGGCCCAGGGAUUGGGUGAUUAGGAAGGAGCAGGUCCGGGGCGUUUAUGACGGGAGCAUCUUCUGGAAUCUCGCUGCUGAGAGGAAGGGGGUCAAGGUGCAUCAAUGAGGGGGCAGUUGUAAACCAGGGCAUCCAUUUUCUGGGCUUGUAAAUCAUAGAUAUGUCGGAAAAAUCCAAAAACCCAUAUCAG